AUGUGUCGCCAAUACUAUACUUUCUAUACGUGGUGCCAGUGCGAAGUGGACGCAGGUCAGAACCUCUGCGUCGCUUUCAAGCGAAACGACUGUGAGGGCCUCAGCAUCGAGACGGUGCAUAUGCACUGUUUCUGCAAUCAUCAUGCGAGCAAAGGAUUCAAGUCAGAAAAGAAGUCAAAGAAACCGAAGCGCUCGUCUGCGGGCAGCUCAGCAGGCUUCUCACUAGAGGAAAAGUCGUCGACGACAUCAAGGAAAUGGUACCAAUUCCGUGGUCUGCGAUCGCGAACGUUCUAA